AUGGGUGCCAACGAAGCCCAUUCAACAUAUCGCUACAAUGAAAAGCCCGUAUACACAACCUCCAACGGCGCUCCCAUCAACAACCCCGAAGGAUGGCAACGCCCCGGGCCAAUGGGUCCGUUGCUACUCCAAGACUUUCACCUCAUCGACACCCUAGCUCACUUUGACCGUGAACGUAUUCCCGAACGAGUCGUCCACGCCAAAGGCGCCGGCGCAUACGGCGAAUUCACAGUCACCCACGACGUCACCGACAUCACCAGCAUCAACAUGUUCAACCAAGUCGGCAAAAAGACGCCCUGCGUAGCCCGCUUCUCAACCGUCGGCGGCGAAAAGGGCUCAGCAGACUCGGCCCGCGACCCGCGAGGCUUCUCCGUCAAGUUCUACACCGAGGAAGGCAACUUCGACUGGGUGUACAACAACACGCCCGUCUUCUUCAUCCGCGAUCCCACAAAGUUUCCGCUCUUCAUCCACACCCAGAAGCGCAACCCGCAGACGAACCUCAAGGACGCCACCAUGUUCUGGGACUACCUGUCCACGCACCAGGAGGCCAUCCACCAGGUCAUGACGCUCUUCUCCGACAGGGGGACGCCCUACUCGUUCCGCCAUAUGAAUGGAUACUCGGGCCACACGCACAAAUGGACCAAGCCGGACGGCAGCUUUGUGUACACCCAGGUCCAUAUCAAGACGGACCAGGGCAUCAAGACCUUCACCAACGAGGAAGCUGGCAAACUGGCCUCCGAGAACCCCGACUGGCAUACCCAGGACCUCUUUGAAGCUAUUCAGCGCGGUGACCACCCCAGCUGGACUGUCUACGUGCAAGUUCUCACGCCAGAACAGGCCGAAAAGUUCCGCUGGAACAUCUUCGACCUGACAAAGGUGUGGCCGCAGAAGGACGUUCCCCUCCGACCGGUAGGCAAGCUCACGCUCAACAAAAACGUGGAAAACUACUUCGCCGAGAUCGAGCAACUCGCCUUCUCGCCCUCCCACCUCGUCCCUGGCAUAGAACCCUCCGUCGACCCGGUCCUGCAAUCCCGCCUGUUCUCCUACCCUGACACCCAUCGUCACCGUCUGGGGACAAACUACCAGCAAAUCCCCGUCAACAAGCCCCUCCACGCGUUCAAUCCCUUCCAGAGAGACGGCGGCAUGGUUGUCAAUGGCAACUACGGCGCAAACCCAAAUUACCCGAGCUCGUACCGCUCACUGACAUAUAAGCCCGUGAAGCCGACCGUCACUCAUGAGAAGUGGUCUGGCGCGGCGGUGUAUGAUUUGUUUGGAGACGUUACCGAUGAGGAUUUCGUGCAGGCGACUGGUCUGUGGAAGGUGCUGGGCCGUACGCCAGGCCAGCAGGAGAAUUUUAUUUCGAAUGUCGCGGGGCAUUUGUGUGCCGCCAAGGCUGAUACGCGGAAGAGAACGUAUGAUAUGUUUAGAAGAGUGGAUGGGGGUCUGGGGAAGGCUAUCGAGGAGCAAACUGAGAAACUGGCGUAA